AUGGAUAAACCAUCUUCAGUCGUCCAGCAUGAAGAAGUUCUGCGGCCAACUCAUGGCAAGAGCAUGGCAGACGUCCAGGGUGCAAUUGCCGACAACGAGACUGAGCAUCGUCUUACUCUAGGCGACAUUUGGAAAAACCACAGAUCGUUGAUCUGGUGUUCGUUCUUCUGGGCUAUGUGUGCGAUUGGUUGGGGUUUCGACGCACAAAUCAACGGCGCCAUGAUAUCAGUCCCUGCCUUUCGUCGUGACUUUGGCUACAUCUUCAAUGGCGAACCAGUGCUGCCUGCAAACUGGCAGACAGCAUUCAAUGUGGUCUCCUCAGUAGGGCAAUUUUUCGGAGGUUUCAUGUGCGGUUGGACUGCGGACAAGUUUGGCCGCAAGGGCGCUUUAGCUGCAGGUCUCGUGCUCUGCUCUGGUGGCAUCUUCGGCGAAAUCUUUUCUACGACCAGAGUUGCCUUCCUCGUGUCAAAGCUCAUUCUCGGCUUCGGUCUUGGUUACUAUCUAACGAUUGGACCGAUGGCCUGCAGUGAAAUCGCGCCUGUCGCUCUUCGCGGUAUCUCGACUGCGGGUAUCAACCUGGGUAUAGCUCUUGGUCAACUCCUAUCAAACGCUGUUGUCAAGGGCUUUGGCGAGUGGACCACUCGAUGGGCAUAUGCCGCGCCUUUUGCAAUCCAAAUGUUCUUCGUUGCUUUCCUCAGCGCAGGAUUUUAUUUCGUCCCGGAGUCACCCUGGUAUCUGGUCCGUCAAGGAAGAGAUGAGCAGGCUCUGAAAUCUUUGCAAUCGCUUUGGGGUAAUAGUAUUGAUGUCAACGAGAAGCUCGCGAGCUUGAAACUCACCAUUCAGGAGGAGCAAGCACUCAAAGAGUCCUCGUUCCUCGACUGUUUCAAGGGCGUCAACCUGAGGCGAAGCUUGAUUUCCACCGGAGCCUUCGCCUGCCAGCAUUUUGUCGGCAUUAUCUUCGUUCUCGGCUAUUCUACAUACUUUUUCCAGCUUGCUGGAUUGGCGACCAGUCGUUCCUUCGACCUCGGAGUUGGCGUUACGGCCUGUGCACUUGCGGGAAAUAUCGCCUCAUGGUUCAUCGUUGACUCAUUUGGACGCCGCAAGAUUUUCGUCAGUGGUAUGGCCGCCUUAACCCUCCUCUUGCUCUUGAUUGGCAUCAUGGAUUUUGUACCAUCGAGCGGUGCGAAAUGGGUACAGUCCUCGUGCACAGUCAUCUAUGCGUUUGUGUACUCCAUGUCUCUCGGAGCGAUGGCCUUCGUCUUGCUCGGAGAGGUGUCGAGCAUGGGUCUUCGGGCACACACCACGGCGCUCGCAACUGCUACCCAAUCGUCGCUCGGUGUCAUCUUUAACAUUGUCAUCCCAUACCUCAUGAACCCAGACGAAGCGGAUCUGAGAGGCAAGGUUGGGUUCGUAUUUGGUGGGCUCGCAGCUAUUGCAACUGUAGGCGCCUGGGUAUAUAUCCCAGAGCUGAAGGGUCGCACAACGAUCGAGAUCGAUCUUAUGUUCUCGAGACAAGUGCCAAGCAGGAAGAUGGGCACGUAUGACAUUGAUGCGGAAGGCGGUAUAUGA